AUGAGUGGCAUGAAUCUCGCCGUGGGCAACGGAAACAGGAUUAUCUCCUAUGGAGACCUCCGCGUGACCCUCACUUACUUCUUCAUACCCGUCUGGAGUGACAGCGGCAGCGGGGCAGCACGCAAUGGCACCCUUUGGCACCUCAUAAUCGAGGAUGAUGGCAUGCGGCCCCUCGGCAGCGUCGUGAUCGGCAAUGACAAUAAUAUCGUCGGGCAGUGGGCCGUCUUCCUCGUCGGCGACGACCCGGCAAACCGCAAGCCGGGCCAGGACCGCCUUUCUGUCAAAGCCCCGAUCGAUUACGAAAUGGUGUGGAACGACGAGGACACGGGCGCCACAAUGGACGGCUCAGUCUGGCGGCCUUGUGCCCCCGACGGCUAUGUAGCGCUCGGCGACGUGGCCAGCCACGGCCACGGCAAGCCGUCUCUCGACAAGGUCUGGUGUCUGCGGUCGGAUCUGGUCGCUGACGGCGCAGUUCAAGUCGCCGACGAGAAGAACCAGAGGCAUGACGCCUCCUUCUGGGACGUGUUCCCGCGGGGGGGCAACAGCUCGUCCGAGCACAUCCCCGUGCUGGCGGGCACGUCUCUGACCGUAUCCGGUUACGGGCUGCCCGCGGAGGCGCUCAAGGUGCCGGCGCUGUACAUGCCCAAGGUGGCCAGGCCGUUUUUCCCACGGCCGCCGGAGAUUCCCGCAGGCGGGUGGGUGCCCGAUGUCAGGGAGCUGUUUGACGAGAUGGAACAGAACGCUAUCACGCUGCCGUUCACGAGCUUCUUUGAGCCCAACGACCAAGCGAGCCUGCGCCACAUCCGCGGACCCCCUUCUGCACAUACAUACGUGUACGUAACUGUUCCUGAAUUAUCAGAGAGCUAG